ACCUCUGUGAAGCCAAGGCGUGCACCGGCAGGACCACCCGUCCAGACACCUCCCAGAGGAGGAGAGCUGUCCUGGGGAAGCCUUGCCCGGUCUCUGCACAUCACUGCCGCUGCAGGCCCGAGAUGCCAGCCAUCCAGCUGCUACUUCUGGCCUGUCUGGUAUGGGGUUUAGGGGCCAGGACAGCCCAGCUCCGGAAGGCCAAUGACCGGAGUGGCCGAUGCCAGUACACCUUCAGUGUGGCCAGCCCCAACGAGUCCAGCUGCCCCGAGCAGGGCCAGGCCAUGUCAGCCAUCCAGGACCUGCAGAGAGACAGCAGUGCCCAGCGGGCAGACCUGGAGUCCACCAAAGCCCGGCUCAGGUCCCUGGAGGGCCUCGUCCACCAGCUGACCCUGGACGAGGCUGCUGGGCCCUCGGCGACCCAGGAGGGGCUGCAGAGGGAGCUGGGCACCCUGAGAAGGGAGCGAGAACAGCUGGAAAGCCAAAACAGGGAGCUGGAGGCUUCCUACAGCAACCUCCUCCGGGACAAGUCAGCUCUGGAGGAAGAGAAGAGGCGACUGAGGGAAGAGAACGAGGAUCUGGCCCGGAGGCUGGACAGCAGAAGCCAGGAGGUGGCAAGGCUGAGAAGGGGCCAGUGUCCCCAGGCCCGCAGCACCCCUCAGGAGGUGCCAUCAGGUUCCAGGGAAGUUUCUAAAUGGAACGUGGAGACCGUCAACUUCCAGGAACUGAAGUCAGAGUUAACUGAGGUUCCUGCUUCCCGAAUCCUGAAGGAGAGUCCAUCUGGCCAUCCCAGGAGUGAAGAGGGAGACCCUGGAUGCGGAGAACUGGUUUGGGUAGGGGAGCCGCUCACCCUGAGAAGAGCUGAGACAAUCACGGGCAAGUACGGCGUGUGGAUGAGAGACCCGAAGCCCGCCUACCCCUACACCCAGGAGACCACGUGGCGAAUCGACACCGUGGGCACGGACAUCCGCCAGGUGUUCGAGUACGACCUCAGCAGCCAGUUCCUGCAGGGCUACCCUUCCAAGGUUCACGUGCUGCCCAGGCCGCUGGAAAGCACGGGCGCCGUGGUGUACCGGGGGAGCCUCUACUUCCAGGGGGCCGAGUCCAGAACCGUGAUCAGAUAUGAGCUCAACACCGAGACGGUGAAGGCUGAGAAGGAAAUCCCCGGGGCGGGCUACCACGGGCAGUUCCCGUACUCCUGGGGCGGCUACACGGACAUUGACCUGGCUGUGGACGAGACGGGCCUCUGGGUCAUCUACAGCACCCAGGAGGCCAAAGGCGCCAUCGUCCUCUCCAAACUGAACCCGGAGAGUCUGGAACUUGAACGAACCUGGGAGACUAACAUCCGAAAGCAGUCAGUGGCCAAUGCCUUCAUCAUCUGCGGCCACUUGUACACCGUCAGCAGCUACUCGGCACCCGAUGCCACCAUCAACUUUGCGUAUGACACGGGCACAGGGCGCAGCAGGGCCCUGACCGUCCCCUUCAAGAACCGCUACAAGUACAGCAGCAUGGUGGACUACAAUCCCCUGGAGAAGAAGCUCUUUGCCUGGGACAACUUCAACAUGGUCACCUACGACCUCAGGCUCUCUGAGAUGUGAAAAGCCCCUCCUACCGGGAGGUGAUUCGGAGGGCUCCUGAGGGGAGAGCCAGCCAGCCGAAGCCCACGCGGCUCUUCUCUGCUUUCUGAGCUUUCGUUACUAAUCCAGAAGAAUGCGCUUCGUCGCCACGUCUGUGUGGAAAUAGCCACCGGGGGGUUUAGACGGUUUCACAAUACAUAUUCUUUUCUUCUGCCAGGUUUCACGGGGCUGACCCAAAACGGUUCAAGUUUGGUGGUGAUUUGGGGCCAAAGCUCUAACGCAUAGUCGUCUCAUCGUGAAAACUACAAGGCUUUCUGUAAAAGGCCCUCCCUGGCUAAAAGAGGAGAGUUUGGGCAGAACAGCUCGCCCCGUCGUGGCGUCCAGGGUCAUUCCCUGCACGUCGCACGGUUACCAUUAGCCAUGACACAAAGCGGCACUUCUAGAGGAGGGACAGCUCCUGCAACCUGUGCCGAACAUAUGCAUAGUCGGCUUCUAAUGCUUCACGCGGGGUCCAGUGGGUGUCACAUAACCUUUGCCCUGGGAAAUAAAGUGAUCUUACACACCA